CUCGCCGGCUGGCCGCACCACCUCCAUGGCUCUCCAGCCCCUGUGCAGAGGCCAGGGCCAGGCCGACCUCGGGUCUCUCUGGGACUGGAAUGUAACGUGGCACACAGAGAAUCCUGAUUUCACCCCGUGCUUUCAGAACACCGUCCUCAUCUGGAUCCCUUGCAUUUACCUCUGGGCUUGCGUCCCAAUCUAUUUCACAUACCUCCACCGUCAUGACAGGGGCUACAUCCAGAUGUCACAUCUCAACAAAGCCAAAACAGCCUUGGGUCUCUUACUAUGGCUAGUCUGCUGGGCAGACCUUUUCUACUCUUUCUGGGAAAGAAAUCACAAUAUUUUCCAAGCUCCUGCUUUUUUAGUUAGCCCUACAGUUUUGGGCAUCACCAUGCUGCUUGCCACCUUUUUGAUACAGUACGAGAGGAUAAAAGGAGUCCAGUCUUCAGGUGUGAUGCUGAAUUUCUGGCUUAUUGCGCUGUUGUGUGCUACCAUCACCUUCAGAUCCAAAAUACUGCAUGCCUUGAGUACGGGUGCCAAAAUCGACGCUUUCCGUUUUGCUACCUUCUUCGUCUACUUCACCUUGGUGCUUCUACAGCUUAUACUGUCCUGUUUUGCUGAACGGCCACCUUUGUUUUCGAAAGUGGUUCACCUCCCUAACCCCUGCCCUGAGUCUGGUGCUUCUUUCUUGUCCAAAAUCACGUUCUGGUGGAUCACAGGGUUAAUGGUUCAGGGGUAUCGGCAUCCAUUGGAAGCAAAAGAUUUGUGGUCAUUAAACAAGGAGGAUACGUCGGAAGAAGUGGUGCCGGGUUUGGUUAAGAAUUGGGCAAAGGAGUGUGCAAAGGCGAAGGGGCAACCUGUGCCAAUGAUGUACUCGCCCAAGAAGCCCACGAAGCCGAGUGGCUCCAGCGGGGAUGUGACAGAAGAGGCCGAAGCACUGAUCCUCAAGCCUUGCCAGCGGGAAAAGGACCCAUCCCUCUUUAAGGUGUUAUACAAGACCUUUGGGCCCUACUUCCUCAUGAGUUUCCUGUUCAAGGCCUUGCAUGACCUGAUGAUGUUUAUGGGGCCCGAAAUCCUCAAACUGCUGAUUAAGUUUGUGAAUGACAAAAAUGCUCCCAGUUGGCAAGGCUACUUCUACACGGCACUCCUGUUAAUCUCGGCGGGCCUGCAAACUCUGGUCCUCCACCAGUACUUCCACAUCUGUUUCGUGACGGGAAUGAGGCUUAAAACAGCCGUGAUUGGUGCUGUAUACAGAAAGGCCUUGGUCAUCACCAAUUCAGCAAGAAAGACGUCUACCGUUGGAGAAAUUGUCAACCUGAUGUCUGUGGAUGCUCAGAGGUUCAUGGACUUGGCCACCUAUAUCAACAUGGUCUGGUCUGCACCUCUUCAAGUUAUCCUGGCCUUGUAUUUGCUCUGGCAGAAUUUAGGCCCCUCCGUCUUGGCAGGCGUGGCCGUCAUGUUGCUGCUGGUUCCGGUAAAUGCUGUGAUAGCAAUGAAAACAAAAACGUAUCAGGUUGCUCACAUGAAGAGCAAAGACAACCGGAUUAAGUUGAUGAAUGAAAUUCUCAAUGGGAUCAAAGUACUGAAACUUUACGCCUGGGAAUUGGCCUUCAAAGAGAAAGUCUUGGGAAUCAGACAGGAAGAGCUGAAGGUGCUUAAGAAAUCGGCUUACCUUGCGGCCAUGGGAACGUUCACGUGGGUGUGUGCCCCCUUCCUGGUUGCUUUAUCAACUUUUGCUGUUUACGUAACAGUAUCGGAGAAGAACAUCUUGGAUGCUCAGAAAGCCUUUGUGUCCCUGGCGCUGUUUAACAUCCUCCGUUUCCCCCUGAACAUCCUUCCCAUGGUCAUCAGCAGCAUGGUGCAAGCGAGCGUGUCUCUGAAGCGUCUCCGGGUGUUCCUAUCCCACGAGGAGUUGGAUCCAGACAGUAUCAUCAGAGGCUCCAUCAAAGACUCUGACGGCAACAGCAUUAUUAUGAAGAACGCGACAUUCAGUUGGUCAAGAAGUGAUCCUCCAACUCUGAACAACAUUAGUUUUGCCAUCCCGGAACACUGUUUGGUUGCCGUUGUCGGCCAGGUUGGUUGUGGCAAAUCAUCGCUGUUGUCUGCGCUGCUGGGAGAAAUGGAGAAGAGAGACGGCACUGUCUCUCUCAAGGGAUCCGUUGCCUAUGUCCCUCAGCAAGCUUGGAUCCAGAACGCAACUCUAAAGGAAAACAUUGUCUUUGGAAGGGAAGUGAAGGAGAGCCAAUAUAAGCGGGUAGUGGAGGCCUGUGCCCUCCUGCCGGACUUGGAGAUCUUCCCCUCAGGAGACAGGACAGAAAUUGGAGAGAAGGGUGUGAAUCUAUCCGGGGGCCAGAAGCAAAGGGUCAGUUUGGCUCGAGCUGUCUACUGCAAUGCAGACAUCUAUUUGCUGGAUGAUCCCUUGUCGGCUGUCGAUGCUCAUGUUGGGAAACACAUUUUUGAGCAAGUCAUUGGACCCAAGGGAAUCCUGAAAAACAAAACUCGGGUUUUGGUCACCCACGGGGUCAGUUAUCUGCCUUUGAUGGACAUGAUUAUAGUGAUGACAGAGGGCAAGAUCUCGGAGAUGGGAUCAUACCAAGAGCUGCUGGAACAAGACAUGGCCUUCGCGGAGUUCCUGCGGACCUAUGCCAGUGCAGAGCAGAAUGUGGAGGAUGGAAAUGCAAGGUCAGAAGAGGAGGAAGAUACAAACAGUCCAGCAGUGAAGGAAGGGAAACAGCUGGAAAACGGUACUCUUGUAAACGAAAACACGCAGGCACAAGUGAUGAGCAGGCAGCUCAGUAACUCCUCCACGUACAGCGGAGAACCUGGGAAAUCCAUGCAGCAAAACAGCACAGCAGAACUCCAGAAGGCCCCUGAAGAAAAGGCCGCUUGGAAACUGACCGAAGCAGACACUGCUCAGACCGGAAAGGUGCAGGUGGCUGUUUACUGGGAGUACAUGAAAGCCAUCGGCCUCUUCAUCUCCUUCCUGAGCAUCUUCCUGUUUACAUGCAACCAUGUGGCUUCCUUGGCCUCCAACUACUGGCUGAGUCUGUGGACAGACGAUCCUGUUGUCAAUGGGACUCAGCAGCACACAGAAGUCCGGCUGGGAGUGUACGGGGCUCUGGGAAUGUCUCAAGGUAUCGCUGUGUUUGGUUACUCAAUGGCUGUUUCGAUCGGAGGGAUAUUUGCCUCCCGCCGCCUCCAUGUGGACUUGCUCUACAAUGUCCUCCGAUGUCCAAUGAGCUUUUUUGAACGGACACCCAGCGGGAAUCUGGUGAACCGCUUCUCCAAAGAAAUAGACACCAUCGACUCGACCAUUCCCCAGAUCAUCAAGAUGUUCAUGGGCUCCAUGUUCAAUGUCAUUGGGGCGUGCAUCAUCAUCCUUCUGGCCACACCCAUCGCUGCUGUGGUCAUUCCUCCUCUCGGUCUUGUGUAUUUCUUUGUGCAGCGCUUCUACGUCGCCACGUCCCGCCAGCUGAAACGCCUGGAGUCGGUCAGCCGCUCCCCCGUUUACUCUCACUUCAACGAGACGCUUCUGGGCGUCAGCGUCAUCCGAGCCUUCCAGGAGCAGAAGCGCUUCAUCCAGCAGAGCGACUUGAAAGUGGAUGAGAAUCAGAAAGCCUACUACCCAAGCAUCGUCGCCAACAGGUGGCUGGCAGUGCGGCUGGAGUAUGUGGGGAAUGGCAUCGUCCUCUUUGCUGCUCUGUUUGCGGUGAUGGCUCGCCACAGCCUCAGUCCGGGGCUGGUUGGACUCUCCAUCCUGUAUGCGCUGCAGAUCACCACGUAUUUAAAUUGGCUGGUUCGCAUGUCAUCUGAGAUGGAAACAAACAUUGUCGCUGUGGAAAGAGUCAAAGAAUACUCUGAAAAGGAAAAAGAGGCAGAGUGGACUAUGAAGCACGCUGCCCCACCGAGCGGUUGGCCCCAGGAAGGCAAAGUGGAAUUCCAUGGCUAUGGACUACGCUAUAGAGAUGACAUGGAUCUAGUGCUGAAGAACAUCAACAUCACCAUCAAUGGAGGAGAAAAGGUGGGCAUAGUUGGCAGGACGGGUGCUGGGAAAUCCUCCCUUGCUCUGGGCCUGUUUCGAAUCACUGAAGCUGCAAAAGGAGAGAUUCUCAUCGAUGGGACUGACAUUGCUAAAAUCGGGCUUCAUGACCUCCGCUUCAAAGUCACGAUUAUUCCCCAGGACCCCAUCCUAUUUUCUGGCUCCCUGCGAAUGAAUCUGGACCCUUUUGACCAGUACUCUGAUGAAGACGUUUGGAUGUCCUUGGAACUGGCACACUUGAAAAGCUUUGUUUCCACACUGCCUGAUAAACUCAAUCAUGAAUGUUCAGAAGGUGGAGAAAACCUCAGUGUUGGCCAGCGUCAGCUGGUGUGCCUGGCUCGAGCUUUGCUGCGGAAGUCCAAAAUCUUGGUUUUAGAUGAAGCUACCGCUGCUGUAGACUUGGAAACAGAUGAUCUCAUCCAAUCGACCAUACGGACUCAGUUUGAAGGCUGCACAGUGCUGACCAUAGCGCAUCGACUCAACACCAUUAUGGACUACACACGAGUGAUAGUCCUUGAUAAAGGUGAAAUUGUGGAGUGUGAUUCUCCUGCCACCCUAAUCCAGAAGAAAGGCAUCUUCUACAGCAUGGCCAAAGAGUCCGGCCUGGCCUAAUGCAAGACUGCAGUGCCUCACCCUGGCUUUCAAGUGCCCAAACAGAGAGGCAGCAUCUGUCGAAAUCCACGGUUGGGAAUCCUCAGGCCAAAUAAUUCCACUGAAAAACUACUUUUUGUCACCUGAUGAAGGAAGAACUACCAUGGCCAAUUCAACCUCUCCCUUCCCCUUCUGCUGUGUUGCAAGCAUACGCUGUUCUCAGAUGGGGCUGUGCAUUUCUGUCACGUGUCCAAACUCUCUAGAUUUUAUUCCAGACUCCAAAAACUUGCAGCCUGAAGGACCAAAAUAUUUCAGGUCCCCUCAGUUAGAGCGCUUUUGAUUUUUUUUUGCUCUGUGUAAAGAGGUGCGUUUCAAAUGGCAAAUUAGUUUUCCUCCUUGAAAAGCCAGUGGGGAAGAGUGGCAGUGAGAGAGUGCCGUAGUUGAGUUGCAUUGGCCUUUCUGGCAUUUUCUCUUAAUUCGAUCUGAUUUCAUAAAUAAUACAGCCAAAGCCAUUUUGAUGGAUCUGGAGGAAGUCUCUGAUGGCAGCGUUUUAUUUUUAACGUCAUUCCUGUACCAUAGUGAAUGAAGGCAGCAUUAAGUGAUUUGCAGUGUUGGCAGAUGGAAAUUAGAAUAAUUCAUUUCAGGCUACUCCCCCCCAGGUGUUUUUCUUUCUUAUUUAAAGAAAGAAAUUGACCCAAUCAACGGCUUUCACUUAUUCCAGUCCGGGGCAAUAUCGCGACUGCUGCUUAUUGAUGGGUGUGCCUGACUGGCAAAAGGCCCUUUCCUCUGGCUUUUCCUCCUCUUGCAUUCUGUUGGUGACCUCAGAAGGAACCACCCCCAAACUUUGGCCCGCCUUGCAUUGUUCAGUGUCAUUUUAUCAAAUCUUUCAAAAGGAAUUGUAAGCCUUCAUGGAUCUAAGCACUCAGCCAACAGUGUAGAACUGUGGGUUUUGAAUUAAGCUGCUGACCUUUCUUUUUAUUAAAGAAAUAGACAACAUCUUUUCCUAGACGAAAAAACAUUUAUUUAUUAUGUUUUGUACAUACAGUUCUUUAAAGUUGAAUAAACAGAUUUACUUUG